CAAGUUUCAUCUCCACCAUCUACCGUCUUUACACCUCCUCCUUCCUUUUCUCUCUUUAUCUCUUCUUCUUCUUCUUCUUCUUCUUCCUCCACCUGGUUUCUUUACUCAAAGCUCAUUUCUUUGAUCAUGGAGGAUGCUAAUGUUCUUUGACGCUUUUCAAUUUUCUUUUGCACCCCGCCGUCUUUUCGGUAGUGGUGGAAGCUAAAGACGGAACCAUCUCUGUGGCAUCUGCAUUUGCUGGUCAUCAAGAAGCUGUUCAGAAUAGGGAUCACAAAUUCUUAACAAGAGCUGUUGAAGAAGCGUACAAGGGUGUUGAAUGUGGAGAUGGAGGCCCAUUUGGUGCUGUUGUUGUUCGUAAUGACGAAAUAGUCGUGAGCUGCCACAACAUGGUUCUGAAACACACGGACCCUACUGCACAUGCUGAAGUUACCGCUGUUAGAGAGGCAUGCAAGAAGCUUGACCGAAUUGAGCUCUCAGAUUGUGAGAUUUAUGCUUCCUGCGAGCCUUGUCCGAUGUGUUUUGGAGCCAUCCAUCUUUCAAGAAUUAAGAGGCUGGUUUAUGGAGCCAAAGCUGAAGCAGCUAUAGCUAUUGGAUUUGACGAUUUCAUUGCUGAUGCCUUAAGGGGAACUGGGUUUUAUCAGAAGGCUCAAUUGGAGAUCAAAAAAGCUGAUGGUAGUGGUGCUGUUAUUGCAGAACAAGUGUUUGAAAAGACAAAGGAGAAAUUUACCAUGUACUGAUUGUUGACUGUGAUGCACAUUUAACCAUGUAUUAACUCUAUUACAUUGCCGAUCUCCUUUGUUUUUCCUUAAUGCCUUUGGUUGUUCAAGUAA